CUCCACUUCCUCAGAGAGACACACACGACUAGUCAGCGCCUGCAGCGGUAAUCGGGACAACUCUCUGCGUUCUCGCCGGACCGGACUGGCCCUGCAGAGGUACCGCGCUGGCUGGCGGCAGUGUGGGAUGGGGGGUGCGCUCCAUGGCUUCCCAGGCUUAAAAUGAAAAAGAAAAAAGCCGUCUUGUAAAGUUUCAUCUCCGUCCGCCCCCGUCAUGCUGGAGAUUGCGGGAAAAGAACUUUUUUAGAGCAGUGGAUCUUCUUUUCCAUUUUUUUUCUUCUUUUUUUUUGUAAAUACGGGAUAAAAGACACAAGGAUUCGAGCGGAAUUAUUGUGGAGCAGGCCGGAGGAGGGGUUGCAGGACUCGGGAGGACUUAAAGGUAUCUCGGUGGCAGGUUUAUGGAAAUGCAGGAUCUCGCCAGUCCUCACAGCCGAGUUAGUGGAAGCAGCGAAUCUCCGAGCGGCGCCGCCCUUGACAACUCCCACCUCCAUAACAACAAUUCCAUGACACCCAAUGGCACUGAAGGUGACAGCAUCACAAUGCUCACCACCGCAGACUGGUUGUUAGGUUGUAACUCGCAAUCCGCCUCAGUUAAAAGCGAGCCAAUGAGCAGCAGCGACAUAGCCGCCUCAGUAGCAGACACCUCCCUGGACAGCUUCUCCGGAUCGGCUAUUGGAAGCAGUGGCUUCAGCCCAAGACAAACGCACCAGUUCUCCCCGCAGAUUUACCCUUCCAACAGCAGGACGUAUCCGCAUAUUCUUCCGACCCCUUCGUCCCAAAAUAUGGCCGCGUACGGGCAGACGCAGUACACCACAGGAAUGCAGCAGGCCGCAGCUUACGCCAGCUACCCGCAGCCUGGCCAGCCCUACGGCAUCCCGGCCUACGGCAUCAAGACGGAAAGCGGCCUGAGCCAGUCGCAGUCGCCGAGCCAGACGGGCUUCCUCGGCUACGGCUCUGGCUUCAGCACGCCGCAGACGGGCCAGGCGCCGUACAGCUACCAAAUGCAAGGCGGUACGUUCACGACAACGUCAGGAUUAUACGGUGGAAACAACUCCUUAACGAACUCGACAGGCUUCAACAGCACACAACAGGAGUACCCGGGCUAUCCUGCCUUUGGCCAGGGUCAGUACGCUCAGUAUUACAACAGCUCGCCCUACACGUCGCCUUACAUGACGAACAACAGCAGUCCCAGCACGCCCUCAACCACCACCACUUACACCCUACAAGAACCCCCAGCCGCCAUCACCAGCCAGGCCAUCACGGACAACCCUGCAGCAGAGUACAGUACCAUCCACAGUCCAUCAACCCCCAUUAAAGAUUCAGAUUCGGAUCGAUUGCGCCGAGCCUCGGAUGGAAAGUCACGUGGCCGGGGCAGGAGGAACAACAACCCGUCGCCGCCGCCCGACUCCGACCUUGAGCGAGUAUUCAUCUGGGAUCUGGAUGAAACAAUCAUCGUUUUCCAUUCCUUGCUCACGGGCUCCUACGCCAACAGAUACGGACGGGAUCCGCCGUCAUCAGUAUCAUUAGGACUACGGAUGGAAGAAAUGAUCUUCAAUUUGGCCGACACACAUUUAUUCUUCAACGACUUGGAGGAAUGCGACCAGGUGCAUAUCGAUGACGUCUCUUCGGAUGACAACGGUCAAGAUCUUAGCACGUACAACUUUGGCGCAGACGGCUUCCACGCGGCGGCCACCAGCGCUAACCUCUGCCUGGCCACAGGUGUGCGCGGAGGCGUGGACUGGAUGAGAAAGUUGGCCUUCCGCUACAGACGGGUGAAAGAAAUCUACACCACUUACAAAAAUAACGUCGGAGGUCUCCUGGGCCCGGCCAAGAGGGAAGCCUGGUUGCAAUUGCGAGCAGAAAUUGAAGCCUUGACGGACUCCUGGUUAACACUGGCACUGAAAGCACUAACGUUAAUCCACUCAAGGUCAAACUGUGUGAACAUCCUGGUGACCACCACGCAGCUGAUCCCUGCCCUUGCCAAGGUCCUGCUCUACGGCCUGGGCAUCGUCUUUCCGAUUGAAAAUAUUUAUAGCGCAACCAAAAUAGGUAAGGAGAGCUGCUUCGAGAGAGUCGUCCAGAGGUUCGGCAGGAAAUUUGUUUACAUUGUCGUCGGGGACGGCGUGGAAGAGGAGCAAGGCUCGAAAAAGCACAACAUGCCUUUUUGGAGGAUUUCCAGCCACUCGGACCUCAUGGCCCUCCAUCACGCUCUGGACCUGGAGUACCUGUAGCAACAUCUACCUGGUGUUGGCUUCUGCCUUUUCCAGAUCACGCUUGGGAGGGGGGGAGGAAACCCAACACAAUCGGCCCCUUGUGCUACGUGUGGUGUCUCAUCUUCCAAGAGAAGAGGAGGACGGUCAAAUGUGCUGACAUCCGGUCACACUUUGUCUUAAAACUUUUUUUUUUUGUUUGUUUCUUUGUCGUCGUCGUCGUCUUCAUCCCGAGAGGUGAAUUUUACAGCCGUGCUUACUGUGAAAAUGGACUGCCUGGACUUGGUUGGGGGGGUUCGCAGCCUGUGAGGCUUUCCCGGUUUGUUCGUCCCUAUCACCUCCACGCUAGCGCUUCUUAUUUAUGAACUCCGUAAGAAGGCAAAAAAUAAAAAAAAAUAAAAUAAAAAAAAAUAAACACGUUCCUGAGGACUCUCCGGGCUUUUCUAAUAAUUUAAGAAAAAUGACAAAAAACUUUAUUUACUGAGACAAUCCUGUACAGAGUUGGUUUGGGUUUUUUUGUUUGUUUUUUUCUGAGCGUGUGUAAAAGUUUGUAAUCACUGGACAAUUCCUUCCUUAUAUCCAUGUGCUCUCUCGAACAGGAAGAGGAAAAAAAAAAAGGCUUUUUUUUUAUUGAACAAAAAAAAGCUUGCAAAAGUGUUGAUGAUGUGUUCCAAGUUUGUUAAGUAAAGGAAAUAUGUAGA